AACACCAACAAAAAAUCGCGAAGGAAAGACAUGUUCUAUACAGGGGCCACCUGGCUCCGGGGCACGCCCCUAAUAUCAGCCAUCACGUCCGUGUGUGCUUCAUCCUUUCUCCUCUUCGGUUACGAUAAUGGCGUCAUGUCCGGUGUUGUCAUUUCGUCCUACUGGCUUGAUGCAAUGGGCAACCCAUCGACGAUAAUAGUAUCGACCAUAACAGCGUUAUACGAUGUUGGAGCAGUGUUUGGAGCCGUCGCCGCCGCUUUCACUACAGAACAACUAGGUAGAAAGCGAUCGUUAUUACUGGGAAGUUUUAUAGUCGUGAUAGGGUCGAUCCUCAUGGGAACCUGCGUUGAAAGGAUUCAGAUGAUGGUUGGUAGGAUUGUAACAGGCGUCGGAAUCGGAUAUUUAAUGUCAACUGCCCCGGUCUAUCAAUCAGAAAUCUGUCAACCGUCGCAGCGUGGUUGGCAGAUCUGUAUUCAGGUCUCCAUGAUGCUUUUUGGGCUUAUGAUAUCAUACUUUAUGAAUUACGGACUGUACUUUCACCCAGGAGACAUUCAAUGGCGCUUCCCUCUCCUUUUCCAGAUUCUCUUUGCGAUCUACAUAAUAGUCGUCACUACAUUUUUACCGGAAUCACCCAGGUGGCUUAUGUGGCAUCGCCCGUCCAACAACGAAGGACCAGAGGUUCUCUCGCGGCUGCGGAAUCGUCCAAUGGACGAUUCCAUGGUUGUCGAAGAGAAGACCGGAAUCUUAGAAGCAAUCCGCAUAGAGUCCCAGGAAGAAGGCACCUGGAUGGACUUGUUCCGCGAUGGGGGCACAAAGGCAGACAAGCGCUUUUAUCUUGCCUUGGGCAUUCAAUUCAUGCAGCAAUUGAGCGGUAUUAACAUCGUCACGUAUUAUGCGCCGACUCUAUUUACUGAAAGCUUGGGCAUGACACAAGAGCGCUCCCUACUGAUGGGAAGCUUUCUGCAAGUGUGGUAUCUUUUGGCUUCAUUCCUGACUUGGUACAUAAUAGAUAUCGUCGGCCGCCGACGAUUGUUUAUUACAAUGGCACUGGGAAUGUGCAUUGUGUUGAUCCUUGAAGGUGCCUGCGUGGCAAUCAACAAUUGGGCUUCAAACAUCGCGGCCGUAGUUUUUGUCUUUGCCUUUGAGUCUUGUUUUACAUGGGGUUGGAUGGCAACCGUUUGGCUAUACUCGCCGGAGGUUCUUCCUCUGAAAAUCAGAGCCAAGGGAGCUGCGUUGGCUGCAGCUGCAGACUUUGUGGGAAAUUUCCUCGUGGUCGAAAUAACACCCCCGGCACUGCAAAAUAUCGGUUACAAAACCUACAUCAUCUUUGCCAUAUUCAAUCUGGUAAAUGCUUUGAUCGUCUUCCUUUUCUAUCCGGAAACCAUGGGCCUGCCACUGGAAUCAGUCGAUUUGAUUUUUAUUCACCCAGAUGAGGAUACUGAUUUAUCAUCUUCGAAGAAUAAAUCAUUCUACCAGCAACUGCAGUGGUGGGUUGUUCCGAAAUCGUGGGAGAUGGUUAGAUCGCAGAAGAUUACAGGCAAUUCACGGCUUAUCAGGGAGGAUUUCGUUGACGACAAUGGUAAUGAGAGGAUCUCAGCGAACAAUUCUGGUGAUGCUGAAGGCAAAAUAUCGAAUACACAAAGGGAUGAUGAUGUGGCAAGGUUUGAUCAUAUCGCUUAG